AUGAAAAGUCCAACUAACGAAGUAAAAUUAAUAUAUAGAACAUUAAGUGACAAAUUUUUUGUUAUACAUAAACCUGUAAAUUGGACGUUGAAAAAAAAAAAAAAAAAAAAAAAAAAAACAGAGGAUCCUAAUAAUAAUGAAUAUACAAAUCAUAUAUAUGACAAAAAUAUAAAUCAUGACAACAAUAAUGUUACCAUAAAUAAUAAUAUUAUAGAACAUAAUGAUUAUAUAAGUAAACUGAAAAAUUUAAGCAAUGUAGAAAAAAAUGCUUAUUUGUAUACAAAUUCUUCUUUAUUUAUGUAUAAUAAUUUUAAUACAAACACACAUGAUGAAAUAGUCGAAAAAUAUUAUGUUGAAUCGAUGUUUAAGGUUGAUGAAAAUAAAGAUGAUAUAUAUUAUCCAUAUAAACUACCUAUAUAUAUGAGUGGUCUUAUCAUAUGUUGUAACGAUUUUAUUAUUUAUAAAACCUUUCUUAAAAUGAUAAAUGAAAAUAAACUUAUAAAGAAAUAUAGAUGUUUAAUAAAUAAUCCUUUUGUUUUUAUAAAUAAUCAAAUGCAUAAUUCAAUGAAUACUAAUAAUUAUGAGGACAAAAAGGAAGAAAUAAAAAAUAAAAAAUACACUUAUCAAAAUAAAAAUUAUUAUAAUAAUAUUAAUAAAGAAACAGAAAUAUAUAACUAUACAAGUAAAGAAUAUUUAUUAAAUAAAGAUUCUAUUUAUGCUCAAAAGCAAAUAAGUGAUUUAUUUCCAUUUUAUAAUUUUUUUGAUAAUAAUUCCUAUUCAUCAACCUAUUGGAAUUAUUUAACAAAAUUAAAAUUAAAUGAGUUAAAUGAUAUAAAAAAAAAUAAAAUAAAUAAUACACAUAAUAAUAUUAAUAAUUUCAAAUAUCAAAGUAAUAAAUUAACAAUUCGCAAGUUUAAAUAUUUAAAUGAUCACAAUCAAAUAGAUGACAUUAAAAAAAACUAUUUCAUAUCAACUAUUUUUAAAAAAAGUGAACCUAUCAAAAGUCUUAAUCAUUUUUAUAAUACAUUUUUUAAAAAUGACAAUAAGAAAAAUAUAUUAAAUUAUAAAAUUAAUACAAACGUAAACCAAACAGAUAAUAAAACAAUCAAUAAUAAUAAUAAUAAUAAUAAUAAUAAUAAUAACGUAUUAGACCAAUUAACACAUAAAAUAAGAUUAAACAAUUCAAAGGAUAUGUUAGAAAAUAAUAAAAUUACUUAUCCUUUAAAUAUUUUUUUCAAUGAAGGAAAUUUUUUCUUUUUUCAUGACACCAUAGAUAAAUAUUCAUUUCCAUUUUCAAUUAUCUAUAAUAUUGUAAAUUAUAAAGAUUAUUUGGAAAAUAAAAAAUCGGAAUAUUUUAAAAAUGAUAUAAAUAUAAAUAUAAAUAAUUAUCUUGAAACAUUUAAAGAUAUUUAUUUAGUUGAUUUUAUUCUCCUAGAUAAUCCAAAAGCAGAUAUCAUUCGAUUUUUUUUCAGUGAAUUAAAUACACCUAUAAUAAAUGACAAUAUUUUUCAGAUAAAUAUAUUUAAAAAGGAUAUUAUUAAUGAUCAAAUUUUAAAAAAUCAUAAAAUAAAUAAUAGCACAAAUAAGAAUAUUUCAAAUAUAUUUGAUGAUCAUAAUGAAAAAGAUAAUCAUCAUAGUGUAGAUAAUAAUAAUAAUUAUAAUAUAUACGAUGAAAAUACAAUUAUAAUGAAUAAUCAUAUAAAUAAGAAAAAUGAACACCUGUCUUUACAAACACAUAAUAUACCACUUGAUACAUUUACUAUACCAGGAUAUGAUAAUAAUUCAAAUACUAUAAACAAACAAAAAAAUGAUAUAAAAAUUAAUUUGAAUAAUUAUUUUAUAUAUGAAAAGAAUAAUCAAAAGGAAGAUUUACAAAGUGGUAUAAAUAAUAAUAUAUAUAAUAAUAUAUAUAAUAAUAAUAAUUUGUGUUUAGAAUUAUAUCAUUUACAAUUUAUUGAUCCUAUAAAUAAAGAUUAUAUUAAAAUAGAAAAUUCAUUGUCUAAUUCAUGGCUAUAA